AUGCACGGAGAGCUUGGGAACAAGCUCGUCCAACACGCGAAACGCACACAGGCCCUACCGUCCCUCCCGCCGUACCAAACAGAACUCGUUCGCUCGAUCGUACGCGAAGUUCGUGACCUCGACCGCGAUGCGACGCGGAUCCUCGAGCCGUUCAUCAUGACGGAUGAGAAUGGUAGUUCGCAGAGCACGUUCAACCCGGCCGAGCAUCCGGCGACAGCAUGUGCCUUGCUGGUCGAUCACCUCAGCAUGCGCCGCGACAAGCGGUGUCUGCUUGCCUACCAUCGCGUGAGGGCCGAGAGACUUGAGGCUAUGGCUUGGGAAGGACGCGAUUUGGAGCUACAUGGCGGGAACUUAGACGGCCUAAAUGAAAACAAGAGCAAUAAUACAGGCGAUGCUGAUCGAACUGCAGUGGGUCGUGCUGCACAGCAAAACUCCUUGAGCCCCGAAGAAGAAUCUUUUUUCCGUCGGUACACGGACAUGCUCGCACAGUCUAAGGGGCAGUGGACGGAUAUUGAUCUGACGGGGCCACUGGAGCCGCCAAGAGAUUUGUUCAUCGAUGUCCGAGUUCUAAAGGACGUGGGAGAGAUACAGACGGAGUACGGCGCGAUCAAUUUGACCAAAAACAGUCAGUUUUAUGUCAAGCAGGGUGAUGUGGAGAGAUUGAUUCAGAUGGGGUUUUUGCAGAGGUUGAAUUGA